AUUUAUUUCCGGGGUUGUCUUCUCAAAAUAUAAAGCAUGUUAUCUAACCUAGCAGUUUAACGAUUCGGAAGUAAGAUGUGUCCAGUGAGCUUUAGCUGUCUUUGUUAGAGAAAAAUCAUUGUGCUCUGAAAUGACUUAAGGAAGCGGUGGCGUUGGCGUAUUGUUGGAGCGUAACGUUAAAGAGUAUCGGCAGAAGAUGAUAGAACCAGAGCUACUGACCGAGGUCCCUGCAGCACUUAAGCGGCUUGCGAAGCAGGUCGUAAGGGGUUUCUAUGGAGUGGAACAUGCCUUGGCCCUGGAUGUGCUCAUUCGCAACCCAUGUGUACGUGAGGAGGACAUGCUGGAGCUGCUCAAGUUUGAUCGUAAACAGCUGCGCUCUGUACUCAACACCCUGAAGGCAGACAAGUUUGUCAAGUGCCGCAUGAGAGUGGAAACAGCCCCUGAUGGCAAGACAACACGGCACAACUACUACUUCAUCAACUACAGGGUACUGGUCAAUGUGGUCAAGUAUAAAUUGGAUCACAUGCGGCGACGCAUCGAGACAGAUGAGCGAGACUCCACCAAUCGUGCCUCCUUCCGGUGCCCCUGCUGCUUCUCCACCUUCACCGACCUAGAGGCCAACCAGCUGUUUGACCCCAUGACAGGUACAUUUCGCUGCACCUUCUGCCAAACGGAGGUAGAAGAGGAUGCAUCUGUCUGUCCUGAUGGCAGGACACUAGUCGCUCGCUUUAAUGAGCAGAUCGAACCCAUCUAUGCACUGCUUCGUGAGACUGAAGACGUUAACCUGUCCCAUGACCUGCUGGAGCCGGAGCCUGCUGAGAUUCCUGCCCUCAAACAGAGCCGUGAACGUGCUGCAGCAGCAAACUCAAGUGGCCCACACCGCGAAGCCUGGGCUAACAAAGGCUCAUCCUAUGCUGACCUGUACACCCAGAAUGUGGUUAUCAGCAUGGAGGAGCAGGAAGACCAGCAGAAGCAGGCCAGUGAAGGCAAGGCACCCAAAGAGAGGCCCGUCUGGUUGACCCAGAGCACCGUGCAGGGUGCUUACAGCGAGCCUGACAUCCUCAAAAACCGUGAUGUUGUUCCUGGAGCCCAGGAUGGAGCGGCUGGUCAGGGAAUUGGUCAGGCGGAUGAAAAUGAGGAAGUGAUGCGUGCCCUGCUCAUACAUGAGAAGAGGAGUGUGGCAGGAGCAGGAGGAGGCGGAGCAACCGCUGCCACCAAAGCGAUCACCUCCACCACAGUAAAUGCCAGCGACUCCGAGAGUGACACCAGCGAAUCGGAUGACGACUCUCCCUCCAAUCCUCCCCUUGCCACAGCUGCACAGCAUCGGGCCGCCGAGGAGGAGGAUGAAGAGGACGAUGAUGAGUUUGAGGAAGUGGGGGAUGAGCCGAUGGUGAUGGUGGGAGGCCGGCAGUUCACAUACCGAGAGGUCAGCCAGAGGCCAGAGCUGGUGGAGCAGAUGUCUGCCCAGGAGAAGGAGGCCUACAUUGAAAUGGGACAGACCCUCUUCCAGGACAUGUACUUCUGAACACACACAUACACACUCACACUGAUAUAUGCAGACAUUUACACACAGAUUAUCAAACAAUUUGGUGGAUUGGCUAGGAUCUCCAUAAAGUAUACUUCUGCUCUGUUACACUGACAAUGGUGACACCUGAGAAAAUGUUUGUAGAACCAACAAGAUGCUGCUUAAGAAGUAUUUACAGUCAGCUUCAUGCUCUUGCAUUAUGAGAAUCAAGGGCAUGCUGACAGUGUUGCCUAAGUGAUCACACCUUUAGUAUUCUGUCCAGAGUGUUUUUUAUUCUCAUUCACCAAGCCAGAAGAGAAGAGGAAGAGUGCCAAUUUGUUUCUUCUUAGUCUCUGUUUUUUAUUUUAGUUUAACUGGUUGUUUCCACCAGUCAUGUGUCUCUCAUGUGUCUGACGGACCAGAUACACUUAAGAUACCAUCAAUACAGCUCUCCACACACAAGCAUAUGUUUUAUGCCUCCAGUCAGUUUUCGUCCGACUCAUGUAUAACUACAUCGAUUGUGCAUUUGACUGUGAGCACUUCCAAAAGACGUGGCAGCACCGAAGGACUGAAGCUGCCAUCAUUGUGCUCCUGACAUGCUGCUUUCUCCCUGGUGUUGUGCCGAAUAUUUUGUUUUUCUAAAGCAAGAUCGGACUGGAUUUAAAAGCUCAUCUCAGGCAAAUAUUGAAUACUAGAGGGGAAAAAAAGAGAAAAUGGAUGAACUGUUGUGGUUUACAGUAAAAUAUGUCUUUUUCUUAACAAUCUGUAAUAAAAAAAAUAUACUGCAGUUCAUCAAUAUGUGUUUAUGUGUGUACAUAGAGGGAUGAAUGGAAGCACUGUGUUUCAGCAUAUACACUUAGAAGCAAUUCGGAGUAUAGAAGUAAGGGGGCACUGUGACAUUUGUCUUCUCAGAUGGAGGAUGAGACAAGUCCAGUCAGAACUGUCAAUGUGUUAGUCUAUUCUGUUGUCAGGGAUGGUGCAGCAUAAUACAAAGAGAUGAUAAACAUGUUCAUGUGUGAAAGCUUGAUGUUAAGAGAAAUGGAGGGAAAAAAUCCCCCAACAGAGAAAGAUUAAUAGGCUUUGGGAAAAAUAACAUGUAUUUCAUACCAUUCCACUCCAUGGUCCUGUCCCCCAGUGAGACCAUCCCCGUCUUGUCGGGUCACAUUCAGGUGACAAUUAUUCAUUGAGGCAGUCCCUACUGGGCAAACACACUCUUGGUACUUCUCCAGAUGGGCUCCAGCACGAUCUAGGGUAUUUUGUUAUGUGGCUUACCAAAUAAUGACUGCUUUGACGUAACCACAGUAACCCACGGCACUGGGUCACCUACUCAUAAUGGGGGCAAUUUCACCUCAAAGCCAGAGACUGAAUGCAGACGUGAGCCUGGCAUUUACAGAAAACAAGCUUUUUCAAUUCAAAUGUUAAUUGUUAAACCUGUCAUGGUGCCCGCUGUAGUGAAAUCACCCCUCUCUCUGCUUUCUCUUUGAGCAAUAUGUACCAGCGUUAAAAGGAAAACCAUUGGCUGUAACCAUUGUACAUGACUUUUCGCAGCUCUAGUGUAGGGGUGUGCCAUGUCAUCUUGUUCACAAUAAUACUGGUAUGAUUUUUAAUAUAUGAAAAAUUCAUAUUGUGAUACGCACAAUGUUUCUAAUUGUUCACAUAUUGACAUACUGUUGCCUAUGGCCAUAAAAAGCAUGGCUUAAUGCGAAAUUAUUACAGACUUUGUGGUGGUUCCAAAACGAGGAGCAGCUUCAGUAGUGUGUAAUAACCUGUGGGGUCAUUAGGCCUGGGUGUCCUGAAUGAACAGCCCUGGACUUCUCUGACUGUUUUACUGCUCGGAGGGAACUCAUUCAGCGGCUCCUCUGGCAGCCACACAGCAUCUCUCCCUCUUCUAAGUGUCAGUGUGGAGUCAGUGUCGUCAAGUGAUUUUGUCAUAAACCUUUGGUAAUAUAAACCUAUGUGAUGCUUACUAUUUGACAAAAAACUACAUAAAUGUGAAUGUGAAAUAGUUAUGGUAGCAUAACAGCCUGUCACAGGUUACAGCGUGAUGAUAAGAGGAGAAAUGACAGAGCAUAAAGGUCCAGGUAGAAAAAAACAACUCAAUCAUUCAGGAUUUUGCUAAAAGAAGGAAAUCACCUGUUGAUUUAGAUCCCAGGGUACAUUUUUUUUGUAUUUGGGAGCUGUUUAAAUGUGUAAUUUGUGGUAGAUUUUAUUUACCUAUUCAUAUUGUAUACAGAAUCUGAAUCUCACUCUCACUCUUCUUCUCACUUUUGUUGUUUACAACCUAAAGAAAUGAGAGAUAAUUUUUCUUUAGUUUUUACUGAAUAUCUGAAGGCAAACAUGUAAAACUAUAUCACUUAUUUUUUUCCAAUUAUAUGUUCCUAAAUUAAUGGUAAUUUUUUUUUCUUUUUUACUAAUUUGUCAUAUCGUCAAGAAUAUCAUUGUCACAAAAACACCCUGAAAUAUCAUAUUAUUUUAGAGCCAUAUCACCCACCACUACUCUAUAGUGUGAUUUUAUUCUUUUCUAAAUCUUAACAUUUAUAGCCUUUUUAUUCACAUCAUGUUAACUGUUUUUCUUUGUCUAAAUUAUUGUGUGAUGCAAUUACCAAUGAAAGCUGACUUUUGAAUAUGUUUCCAACAUUGUAAAAACAAGUCUAAAAAGCUAAAGGCCAGCUAUCCUGGGUUGCAGACAUUCACUGUAGGCUGCUAUGUUCAUUGUGUUCCAUGACAAUCUCAUGACAAUCCCAUCGGCUAUUGAUCUGACGAUGAUGUAGCCUCUGGGGACAACAUCUAAUAUCUCAGGGUUCAAGUGUAGCCACCUGAUAUACAGAUAA